AUGACAAUUGUGCCCUUCUCGCUUACUAUAUGGCUUCUGCAGCUGACCAUGCUAGAAGGUGCUGCUAGCUCAGAGGCAGCAUGUGGGCAGCCAGUAAACUCACCUCGAAUUGUUGGGGGCCAACCAGCCUCCGAUGGAUCGUGGCCCUGGCAAGUCAGCAUUUUACUCCACCGCUAUCCUAUUUGUGGAGGCUCCCUCAUAGCUGAGCAGUGGGUGCUGUCAGCAGCUCACUGCUUCUUCCCUGGAAUGCAGCUCGUUUCCCAAUAUGACAUCCUCCUAGGUGCUCAUCAGCUCUUGAACCUGUCCAGUCAUGUAGAAGAGUUCAGGGUGGAACGGAUUUUCUUACAUCCUAACUACAAUGGCCAGCCUGACUCCAGUGGGGAUAUUGCUUUGCUUAAACUGAGGUCUCCUGUGAACUUUACCAACUACAUCCUCCCCAUCUGCCUGCCAAAGUCCUCUACACAGUUAUCUCCAGAAGCAGACUGCUGGGUCACUGGAUGGGGAGAUAUUCAAAAUGGAGUGCCUUUACCAACCCCACUAACUCUCCAGGAACUGCAUGUGCCACUCAUAAGCCGUGAAGCCUGCAACAAGCUCUUCAACAGUGUCCAAGUGAACGACCUGAGCAAGGAUCCUAUCAAACAAGAUAUGUUUUGCGCUGGUUACCGAGAAGGUGGGAAGGAUUCCUGCCAGGGUGACUCCGGGGGACCCUUAGUUUGCAAACUCAAAGGAGGUUGGACCCAGGCUGGGAUUGUGAGUUGGGGAAUAGGCUGUGCCCAGCGCAACCUCCCCGGCGUCUACACUUCAGUGCCUUUCUAUGACAACUGGAUCCAAGCCAGGAUGAAUGGCAUUGAUGGGCUACACAGUGCCCAUGUUGUGCCAUUCAUCUUGGUGUCUCUUGUGCUGACACUCCCAUGA